AUGACGCUAGAAGAUUUUGAGAAAUCCCUGGCGCAAGACCAGGAGAAGAGGGAGAAGAGUAGCCGCGAUCGGCAUCACCGAGAUCGCGAUAGCGACCGUCACCGCGACCGCAGUAGAGAACGCUCCUCGCGACAUCAUCGUCAUCAUCAAUCAAGCCACCAUCACCGGCACCAUUCAUCCCGAUCCCGCGAACGAGGAAGUGAAAGAGAUCGCGAGUCCCGCUAUCGGGACGAGGAAAGUCACAGACACAAGCGCUCGCGUCAUUCGACGGACCACGGAAACGAUGACGACCACGCGCAGAAGCGUCGACACCGCUCUAGUCGCGACGAAGAGGAGUCUUCUGCACCCAAGACAAUUGUCCAAGAGGAGCCUAGUGACCUGAAGCGAGACUCUUGGAUGCAAGCACCAUCUGCUCUCGAUGUCGAAUAUGUUAAUCGCCGAGAUAAUCGAGUCGACGAACCGGCAAAGCCUACAAUGCUUCAAGCUGAUUUUGACCUCAAGAUUCACGACAAAGAGCUCAAUAGCCAUCUACGGGACCUUAAGGAAGGCAAAGUUCCGGAGGAGGUUCAAGAAAAACCAUCACAGCAUGAAGUGGAUUAUACAUUUGGGGAUACAGGGUCGCAAUGGAGAAUGACGAAGCUUAAAGGUGUCUACAGAGAGGCUGAAGAAACUGGAAAACACGUCGAUGAUAUUGCGAUGCAGCGCUUUGGUGAUCUCCGCUCAUUUGACGAUGCGCGUGAGGAGGAAGUCGAGAUGGACCGUCGUAAGACCUAUGGCAAAUCCUACGUGGGUAAAGACAAACCGAGCGGAGAGCUGUUCCAAGAAAGAAAGCUCAAGAACGACAUCCACCGAGCGUCACAUGAACACAUUCGUGACCCAGCAGAUGAGCUCAGAGCUGAGGGUCAGGGACAAAAAAUGGACACUGUACCCCCAGCCAAUACCACUCAGCCUCUGGAUCUCACUGCUUUAAAUCGACUUAAGGCUCAGAUGAUGAAAGCUAAAUUGAAGAAAGCCCCUAACGCGGCAGAGCUUGAAGAGCAGUACAACAUCGCAGCAGCAGCUAUGUCUAAUCGCAAAGAGUCCGACGUGGUGGUGCUGGGUGUUCAACAUAAUCCUAUGCUGGCUGGCGCACGAAAUGAAGUCAAGCCCAUUGACAACAAGCGCGGUCGCGAAAGAGGCUUGGUUCAAGAAAAUGAAGAUAUGAGUAUCGAAGACAUGGUUCGUGAAGAACGGAAAACUCGAGGUCAAGUAGGAGGAGAGGGUAAACGAUUGGCUGAACGCAUUGUGCGUGAUGGUAAAUUCGAGAAUGAACUUGAAUAUAUGGACGACAAUGCCUCCAAGCUGGCAAAGCGUGUGCAUCGCUCCGAGAUUGACAUUAAAAAUGCUACAGCCAAUGACUUCCGCAAAUUGAACAAGAUCUUGGAUAACUGUCCGCUCUGUCAUCACGAGGAUACAAACACUCCCCCGACAGCACCAGUUGUCUCCCUGGCGACAAGGGUGUUCCUCACACUUCCUACCGAGCCCGAGAUUAGCGAAGGAGGUGCUACGAUUGUACCCAUUCAGCACCGCAACAAUCUCAUGGAAUGUGAUGAUGAUGAAUGGGAAGAGAUCCGCAACUUCAUGAAGAGUCUCACGCGGAUGUAUCAUGAUCAAGGUCGCGAUGUGAUCUUCUAUGAAAAUGCUGCUCACCCACAACGCAAGCGCCAUGCGUCAAUGGAAGUGGUCCCUCUUCCAUACAGUCUUGGAGAAACAUCUCCUGCAUUCUUCAAGGAAGCCAUUCUCAGUGCUGAGUCUGAAUGGUCCCAGCACCGCAAACUUAUCGAUACCCUCGCCAAGGCCAAGCAGGGAAUGGGAAGAUCUGCUUUCCGGCGAACUUUGGUCAAGGAAAUGCCCUAUUUCCAUGUCUGGUUCGAAUUGGAUGGUGGAUUGGGUCACAUUGUUGAGGAUGAGAACCGCUGGCCUCGUGGAGAUCUAUUUGCCCGUGAAAUCAUUGGUGGCAUGCUCGAUGCGGCCCCUGAUGUUGUCAAACGCCAGGGUCGCUGGCAGCGCGGAAGUGAUCGACGAGUAGAACCUUUCAGAAAACGCUGGAGGAAGUUUGAUUGGACACGAAUCUUGGUUGAAGGAUAA